CAUUAUUCCAGAAGAAUCUGUUCAGGCCCGUGGAUUCAGUUAUCGACAUCAUGACCGGAAUACGAGGUUUUUUAUACCAGAAACUGGAAGGCGUGCAUCUUGCUUCAUGGCGCGGGGCCUUACUUCUCGUCGCAACUUUUAUCAUUUUCCAGAUUCUACACACCGCUGUAACGGCAAUUUAUAACAUAUAUUUCCACCCACUGCGAGAGAUUCCCGGGCCAAAACUAUGGAUUGCUUUUCCUCUUCUAAAGAACCUGCAUAUGAUGGGUGGCGACCUGGACUUCAAGGUCCGCGCUGCUCAUGAAAAGUACGGCGACGUCGUGCGUUUCGGUCCCGACCAGGUCGGCUUCACAUGCCCAGAAGCAUGGAGAGACAUCUACGGACAUGGCCAUGCUGAACUCCCGAAGUCCUAUGUCAAAGGCUCUGCCAUGGAUGACGGGAGUAUCGUUUACUCGAAUGCGUCGAAUCACUUCCGUCUCCGAAAAGCUAUGCAACCAGCGUUUUCUGAGAAAGCGCUGAGACAACAGGAACCGCUGAUCCGGGUGUAUGUCGAUUUACUGAUGGAGAGACUUCGGGAGGUUGCAGACAAGGGAGACUCAACAAAUAUUAUUCGCUGGUACAACUUCACAACCUUCGAUUUGAUUGCGGACCUUGCUUAUGGAGAAGAGUUGCACGGCUUGGCGGGAGGAAAAUCGAACAUGUGGAUUGAUAACAUUGAGAAGUUGAUGAAGCUCAUGCCAAUCUUGGUUUUGGUAACAACCUCACCGUUGCUUUCGAAAGUCCUACAAUUUGUGGCGGGGCCCAAAAUCCGAAAGUCUAAGGCAAAGCACAAAGAGGCCUCCGAGUUAAUGGCGAUGAAGAGAAUCAAUAGGAAGGAGCAGGUAGAUCGCGGAGACUUCAUGGACUACAUGAUGAGAUCCAGAGGGGAGAAGCACGAAAUGACGGAUGCGGAACUGGUAGCAAACUGUGAUCUCCUCAUGAUUGCUGGGUCGGAGACAACAGCCAGCUUGUUAAGUGGCGUCACAUACUGGCUGCUGAAAACCCCACAUUCAUUGAAAAAAGUCACCGAGGAAGUGCGAUCGAUGUUCGAAAGGGACGAGGACAUCGAUUUCAUAGAAGCCAGCGCCAAACUUCCCUACAUGCUUGCCUGCUUGGACGAAGCUCUCCGAAUCUUCCCGUCCAUCCCUAUCUCUCUGACCCGAAAGACCCUUCCAGGAGCACCGACUCCCAUUGCUGGCGUGAUGAUCCCAGAGAAUACCAAAGUCGGCGUCCACCAGCUCUCCGCCUUCCACUCCGAGCGCAACUUCUACCGCGCUAAAGAAUACAUCCCGGAGCGUUGGCUCCCCGAAAGCACAAAUGACCCUUCAUCUCCGUUCUAUAACGAUAGACGAGAGGUCCAUAAGCCGUUUAGUUUCGGACCCCGAGAUUGUAUUGGCCGGAAUUUGGCGUAUCAUGAGAUGCGGCUUAUUAUGGCACGACUGCUGUGGAAUUUUGAUUUGGCAUUGGAAGAACAAAGUAAGAAUUGGCAUGAGCAGAAGAUUCGUGGACUCUGGGAGAAGCCGCCUUUGAUGGUGUUUGUUAAGCGGAGGACGGAAUGAGGAGAAGCUCUUUGAUGGAAUCAUUUUUUGAGAUUUUGUGGUCGGUGAAGACCAGCAUGGUGAGGUUGUUCGGAAUUGGCAAGCAAAUCAUCCUUUAUAAUAUGCAAUAGGUAAUAAAAUAGGUUUCAAUACAGAAUCAGCUCAACCCAG